AAAAUGUAAGACAUUGAAUAAGAAAGAUAGAGAAAAGAAAAUUUAUUGAUGUCAUUAGUAGUAGAUGCAGGCUAUGAUACUAUUGCAUUCUAGGUGUAUUGCGAAUAAAUUAAGUAAAAUGGAAGCUAAGAUAUUGAUUUAUGGACUUAUGAAGAAUUGGAGAAAACAAUUUAAGAUUUUAUCAACAAGGAAGAGUAAAACAAUUUUUAAAGUAUAUAGUUAAAAAGAGAUGUAAUAAAAAAGUUAGAUGAUUGUGUAAAAUGAAUAUAAACAACCAGUUUCAUAAUCCACCGAUCCAUAAUUUCAGAUAUCGAAAGUGUAAGAUGAUAAUAAUUUUAUUACGGAAGUCUAAUGCUAAUUACCAGGAAGAACAAAAUUAACAGAUUAUAUAUUGGAGAAUACUCAUAAACAAGUAGAAAUUAUAAUGAGUGAAUAUAUGAGUAAAUCUGAUGGUAUUAUAUCAUCAUAUAUUUCUUUUAAAAUUGAAACUAAACCAAUAGGAUGGGUAGUUAAUAGAAGAUUUACUGAUUUUUAAAAAUUGAGAGAUAUUUUAGUAACAACUUAUCCAUGUCACUUGAUUCCUCCAAUCCCUGGAAAGAAAUUGUAAUAUUAAUAUUUUAUUUUAUUUAGGAAAUCUUAGACUGGUGCAGCAUAUUUAGAAAAACGUAUGAGAAUUAUGGAAUUAUUCUUAUAGAAUUGCUUAUAUCAUCCAUUAUUUAAGACCCAUCCUUUAUUUUCUGAUUUUUUGGAAUUAACAGAUGAUGCAAAAUUAAAAGAAAAGUUCAACUAGUAUGAUAAAUAGAAAGGACCAUCGAAACCAUAAGAAUAUAUAAUGACUAAUGGGUCAUGUGUUUUGGAAAUUUCUAAUGAGUUAUAGAAUUAUUCUUAGGGAUUGACAGAUUAUCUGAAAAAUUCGUAAGACAUAUAUAAAAAAACUGGAAAUAAUUUUAGCAAAUUGUGUACAGAUUUAGAGAAUUUAAGCAACACAUUAACUUCAAUUACAGAGAACUUUAAUACUUUGGACAAGCUAACUGAUGGUUUUAUUAAAUAAACCAAAUCUAAAGGAGCAAUUGAAUAAAUCUAGUUAGUGUAUUAAGAGUUAUCUAAGUUUGUAACUGGAUGGCAAUAUGGAGUGAAUUUUUAGAUGAAAAAUGUGAAGGUAAUAAACGAGCAUAUUAAAAUAGGAAAACUUUUAUGAAUUCUUCAGAUAUCAUAAAAAGAGUUAAUCUUCAGCUUAUGAUUAUUUGUAGAAUAAGAAUUAGUUACAAUAGAAGUAUCAGAAUUUGAGGAACAAAUUAAAUGAGAAAAAAGAAUAAUUAUACAUAAAAGGUGAUCCUACAAAAUGGGAAUUGCCUUCUGAUAUUCCAAAGAGUGUAAAAGAACUGUAAUUUAAUAAAGGAGAAGCAUUUAAAUAUAUGUUAACUAGUGAAACAAAACAAGUGAGUGAAGUAAGGGAAAUGUAUGCAUUUAUGAAUCAUUAAUUGCAGGAUGAAAUAAAUUAGAUGAUUGACUUUAGAAUAAAAGUAUAUGCUAAGAAAUUUGUAAGGAUGGGAUAGAUGAGAGCUUUAGAAACUGCUAAGUUCCAUCAUAUAUUGGCUAAUUUCCUAUAGGUUUUAGCUGAAAUGUAGGGAUCUACAACAGGAUAAAUGUAUAAUCGUAGAGCAAGUGUUUUUAUAGAUUAGAGAUAUGAUUAAUUUUUUGGAAUAAAACCAAAAUGAUAAAUAUUUU